CGAUUGAGCAUGCGCGCACGAUUUAUUUCCUGUGAAAGGGAUGAUUAUUUUCCAGUCCUACGCUUCGAUACGUUAUAACAUAUGCUAGAUAGUGAAGACGCUGGAAACAGAGACUUGAUGAGGUUGUUAUUGUGACAGAAAACAUAUGAAGUCCUUUUCCCACUGGAUACUUCCAAUUCUGGAAUGAUGGAUUAUGGAUGAAGAUUAAAAGAGAAAGUCAAUUUCAAACCUGGCAUUUAUAUCAGGUUUGAAGAGUCAGACCUGAAAAUGUUGUGUCGAAGAAACGUUGAACGUUUGAAAAUGAUGUUCCAUCGCUGGCCAUCAUACAGUUUGCGAUCAUGGCCACGUUCAAUACGAAAGUUAUUGUCUAUAGGGGUAUUUAUAGUAAUAAUCUUGGUUAUAAUUCUGUCUUAUCAAUUAAAGAUCAUCGGAAGUAGUCGUCGAAAAGUGAACCCACCUCAGCCAUCCAUUACUUGUCGAUUUGAUCAUUCUCAUAAAUCAUUAGUCAAGCCCAAGAACCAUAACUCUCGUGAUAGUAGACAUGUAUCUAAACGUGUGUUAGUACUUGUGGAAUCUCCGUACACCAGUCUCGCAAAGCAUAUCAUUACUGUGUUAGAGGCAGCUAGGAUCGAAUAUAAAAUUGAAAACACAGGCAGAAACCUGCCAACAUUGACACACUUUGACAAAAGUAAAUUUGGUGUGAUCAUUUUAGAAAACUUAGAGGCAUAUGUGAAUAUGGACAACUGGAAUAGACAACUUCUCGACAAAUAUUGUCGCGAUUACAAAGUCGGCAUGAUUAUAUUUGUUCAUUCUGUAGAUGAGUAUGGAAUAGAUAGAGAAAAAGUGCCUGGGUUUCCUUUAUUAUUGAGGUACAAUAUGGCUUUAAAAGACUAUACACUGAAUUUAUUUAGUGACAUUUGGAGAAUAACGCGUCCUGGAGAGAUUUGGGAGGGAACUCUUCAACAAGACGAUUGGACUGUCUUUGAAUUCAAUCACUCGACGUAUGAACCUUUGGCGUAUGCGAAAGCAGCACCCCCACCUUUCCUGGAUGCCGGAUACCAGGUGGACAACAGGACACUGGUCAGUGUGUUACAGGACCGAGGCACAUUUGAUGGUAUACAGAAAGUGUUCUUUGGUAAUGGACUGGACUUCUGGUUACACAUUCCGGUCUUACUGGAUGUACUUUCCUAUCUGUCUCAUGGUAAACUUAGUCUUCCGUUGGAACGGUUCAUCCAGAUUGACGUCGAUGAUAUCUUUGUCGGGAUUACUGGUACCAGAAUGACACCUGUUGAUGUAGAGGCUAUGGUUCAAGCUCAAGAACGUCUUCAGAAGCAGGUUCAAGGGUUCAAGUUCAACCUUGGGUUCUCUGGAUGGUUCUUUCAGCAUGGCAACUCUCUGGAGAAUGAAGGCGACCGUAAAAUAUUAGAACAAAGACACAAGUUUUGGUGGUUUGGUCACAUGUGGAGACAUGAACAAGCUCACAAGUUUACUCAGGAUCACCUAGAGCGCUCCAUGUUGCUGAACUACCAGUUUGCGAAGGACCAUGACAUCCCCAUCUACCAGCAGUAUGCUGUUGCGCCCCAUCACUCGGGGGUGUACCCUGUACAUGAGCCUCUCUAUCAGUCCUGGAAAAAUGUUUGGGAUAUACGAGUCACCAGUACGGAGGAGUAUCCUCGACUCUACCCUGCCUGGAGGCGCAGGGGAUUCAUACACAAAGGCAUUAUGGUUUUACCUCGACAAACAUGUGGACUGUUCACACAUACACUGUUCUUGGACAAGUACCCUGGGGGCCGACAGAUCCUAGACAACAGCAUUCAAGGGGGAGAACUCUUCCAGACAUUCCUGUUUAAUCCGAUAAACAUCUACAUGACACAUUUGGGGAACUACGCCAAUGACAGACUGGCACUGUACACAUUUGAGAGCGUGAUCAAGUUUGUACAGUGCUGGACCAAUUUGCAGCUGAAGCAGGUGCCCCCUUUAGAGUUGGGUAUCAAGUAUUUUGAGAUGUACCCCGAGGAGAGGGAUCCCCUCUGGCAGAAUCCUUGUUUAUACAAGCGUCAUCUAGCUAUAUGGUCCACAAACAAGAGCUGUGACAGACUGCCUAAAUUCCUCGUCAUUGGUCCACAGAAAACAGGUACGACAGCCCUGUAUACAUUCCUGUCCCUCCACCCAGCCAUCCUCAGUAACUACAACAGUCCUGAUACCUUCGAGGAGGUCCAGUUUUUCAAUGGCAACAACUACUACAAGGGAAUUGAUUGGUAUAUGGAAUUCUUUCCAAUCCCACCAAAUGCCACCUCAGAUUUCCUGUUUGAGAAAAGUGCUACAUAUUUUGACAAUGAACUUGUGCCAAUGAGGGCUCACGGACUCAUUCCCAAAGCGAAACUCAUCUGUAUAUUAAUCCAUCCAGCCAAACGGGCUUACUCAUGGUACCAGCAUAUACGAGCCCACAAUGAUCCUACAGCACUAAACUAUACGUUCCUCGAAGUUGUCACAGCGGACGAUUCAGCACCUCGGAAACUCAAAGACCUCAAAAAUAGGUGUCUGCUUCCCGGUAUCUAUGUCCAACAUCUGUCCAGAUGGUUGGACUAUUUUCCUGCUCGUCAAUUAUUCAUUAUUGACGGUGAAUGGCUUAAGAGUCACCCUGUUGCUGUGAUGCACAAUGUCCAAAGAUUUCUACAUAUUGAGCCUCAUUAUAACUACAGUCAGCUGAUAAGGUUCGACCCAAAGAAAGGAUUUUACUGCCAGAUAUUGUCAGAAGACAAAAACAAAUGCUUGGGAAGAGGAAAGGGCCGACUCUACCCUAACAUGAGCAAAAAAGUUACAGGCUACCUGAAACAAUUCUACAGGAAACACAAUGUCGCUUUAUCAAAGUUUCUCAAGAAAAAUCAGUACCGCAUACCGGACUGGCUAGAGGAAGAAUUAAGUCACUAACAUCGUAUUGAUCAUGAUGUAGAAGCCAAUGGAUGUCUCCGUAACUUGUUCUCAUGCUCAAUACUGAUUUAGAUCUCCUGACAAAAUGUGGCACCAUAAUCUCAGAUACUUUUAGUUAUGCUGUGUUUUAAUUUAAACUGCUUUAAUUAUAUCUUCACGCUGGAAAAAGAAGUAAUAUCAAGGUAUCGGAAAAGUAAUAUUGUUAAUCAUGAUUUGAAGAUCUCUAUUUGAAUUUUUUACAUCUGCUGCCAUAGAGCACAUUAAAUCUUAAUUCUCAAUACAUUAGUUAAUAUAACUGAUUACUAAUUAAAUCCAAUAUAUUAAUCUGUUAUCAAAACAUGUUCUUUGUAAACUAAUGGUACCCAUACAUAUGAGGUACACUUCUAUGAAGAUCUUUGGUGAAUUAUUGUGUUACUGUAAAGAAUCGCGUCUCAUUUGCUUUGGUGCUGGGUCAUUUUGCAAUCGUUGAAUAAUGCUAUGACACUGUACACAUGCUGAGUCAUUGUACAUUACAGCAUGUGGCAAUCAGUGAAAAGGUUUUUUUUGUGUGUUUUUUUUUUUAAUGUAAUACGGGUAUAUUGUUGUUAAUACGCUAUGAACAAUGAAGAUGAACCUCCUCUGUGUACACAAAUGUUUGGUUAUACCCCUUCAUAUACCCUUUAGCUUUGUGAGCGUAUGAGACAAUCCCACCACAUAUCUAUAACAGUAAAUAGUGCUAGACUGUCAGAAUCUGAUGGUAUUCCAGGCCCGGUGUACACGUUUAACUUACAGAUGAGCAUUUGUCAUUACUCUAAUGUUUCUACUAUUAUCUGUCACCAUGGUAAUCUGUCACCAUGGUGACAAGAUUAUUAUUUCAUCAUUAACAACCUGAAUUAGCUAGAUAACUUGACAUGACUGUCUCCAAAACCCAUUUGUUAGUACGGUGAAAACCAGACCUUGUUAGUACCUGUGGAAUACUAACUGGAUAUGUGGAAUACCAAUCCCUGUAAGUAUAUGUGGAAUACCAACCCCUCUAAGUAUAUGUGGAAUACCAAACCCUGUUAGUAUAUGUGGAAUACCAAACCCUAUUAGUAUAUGUGGAAUACCAACCCCUCUAAGUACAUGUGGAAUACCAAACCCUGUUAGUAUAUGUGGAAUACCAAACCCUAUUAGUAUAUGUGGAAUACCAACCCCUCUAAGUAUAUGUGGAAUACCAACCCCUGUUAGUAUAUGUGGAAUACCAACCCCUCAUAUGUGGAAUACCAACCCCUGUAAGUAUAUGUGGAAUACCAAACCCUGUUAGCAUAUGUGGAAUACCAACCCCUCUAAGUACAUGUGGAAUACCAACCCCUGUUAGUAUAUGUGGAAUACCAACCCCUCAUAUGUGGAAUACCAACCCCUGUUAGUAUAUGUGGAAUACCAACCCCUCAUAUGUGGAAUACCAACCCCUGUAAGUAUAUGUGGAAUACCAAACCCUGUUAGCAUAUGUGGAAUACCAACCCCUCUAAGUACAUGUGGAAUACCAACCCCUCUAAGUAUAUGUGGAAUACCAACCCCUGUUAGCAUAUGUGGAAUACCAAACCCUGUUAGUAUAUGUGGAAUACCAAACCCUGUUAGCAUAUGUGGAAUACCAAACCCUGUUAGUAUAUGUGGAAUACCAAACCCUGUUAGUGUAUGUGGAAUACCAACCCCUCUAAGUAUAUGUGGAAUACCAAACCCUGUUAGUAUAUGUGGAAUACCAAACCCUGUUAGUAUAUGUGGAAUACCAACCCCUGUAAGUAUAUGUGGAAUACCAACCCCUGUUAGUAUAUGUGGAAUACCAACCCCUCUAAGUAUAUGUGGAAUACCAAACCCUCUAAGUAUAUGUGGAAUACCAACCCCUCUAAAUAUAUGUGGAAUACCAACCCCUCUAAGUACAUGUGGAAUGCCAACCCCUUUAAGUAUAUGUGGAAUACCAACCCCUGUUAGUAUAUGUGGAAUACCAAACCCUGUUAGUAUAUGUGGAAUACCAAACCCUGUUAGUAUAUGUGGAAUACCAACCCCUGUAAGUAUAUGUGGAAUACCAAACCGUCUAAGUAUAUGUGGAAUACCAACCCCUGUAAGUAUAUGUGGAAUACCAACCCCUGUUAGUGUAUGUGGAAUACCAAACCCUGUUAGUAUAUGUGGAAUACCAACCCCUGUUAGUAUAUGUGGAAUACCAAACCCUGUUAGUAUAUGUGGAAUACCAACCCCUGUUAGUAUAUGUGGAAUACCAACCCCUGUUAGUAUAUGUGGAAUACCAACCCCUGUUAGUAUAUGUGGAAUACCAACCCCUCUAAGUAUAUGUGGAAUACCAACCCCUGUUAGUAUAUGUGGAAUACCAACCCCUGUUAGUAUAUGUGGAAUACCAACCCCUGUAAGUAUAUGUGGAAUACCAACCCCUGUUAGUAUAUGUGGAAUACCAACCCCUGUUAGUAUAUGUGGAAUACCAAACCCUGUUAGUAUAUGUGGAAUACCAAACCCUGUUAGUAUAUGUGGAAUACCAACCCCUGUUAGUAUAUGUGGAAUACCAACCCCUGUUAGUAUAUGUGGAAUACCAACCCCUCUAAGUAUAUGUGGAAUACCAACCCCUGUUAGUAUAUGUGGAAUACCAACCCCUGUUAGUAUAUGUGGAAUACCAACCCCUGUAAGUAUAUGUGGAAUACCAACCCCUGUUAGUAUAUGUGGAAUACCAACCCCUGUUAGUAUAUGUGGAAUACCAAACCCUGUUAGUAUAUGUGGAAUACCAAACCCUGUUAGUAUAUGUGGAAUACCAAACCCUGUUAGUAUAUGUGGAAUACCAACCCCUGUUAGUAUAUGUGGAAUACCAACCCCUGUUAGUAUAUGUGGAAUACCAACCCCUGUAAGUAUAUGUGGAAUACCAACCCCUGUUAGUAUAUGUGGAAUACCAACCCCUGUUAGUAUAUGUGGAAUACCAAACCCUGUUAGUAUAUGUGGAAUACCAAACCCUGUUAGUAUAUGUGGAAUACCAAACCCUCUAAGUAUAUGUGGAAUACCAACCCCUGUUAGUAUAUGUGGAAUACCAAACCCUGUUAGUAUAUGUGGAAUACCAACCCCUGUUAGUAUAUGUGGAAUACCAAACCCUCUAAGUAUAUGUGGAAUACCAACCCCUGUUAGUAUAUGUGGAAUACCAACCCCUGUAAGUAUAUGUGGAAUACCAACCCCUGUUAGUAUAUGUGGAAUACCAAACCCUGUUAGUAUAUGUGGAAUACCAACCCCUGUUAGCAUAUGUGGAAUACCAACCCUUCUAAGUACAUGUGGAAUGCCAACCCCUCUAAGUAUAUGUGGAAUACCAACCCCUGUUAGUAUAUGUGGAAUACCAACCCCUCUAAGUAUAUGUGGAAUACCAACCCCUCUAAGUAUAUGUGGAAUACCAACCCCUGUUAGUAUAUGUGGAAUACCAACCCCUCUAAGUAUAUGUGGAAUACCAACCCCUGUUAGUAUAUGUGGAAUACAAAAUCCCAGUAGUAAUUGCUAGUUGUAUAGAACCCCUCAUAUCCAAAAGAUACAUAUCUGGACUUACCAGAAUUCUGCCAUGACCACCUCAUAAUAAGUUUCCCUGCUGUUUUGAAAUCUCACAUUAAAACAAACAACCCAAGCAGUUUGUAUAGGCCGUGUUUUGCUGUAUAAUACCAUGAAAUAUUGCAAAGUGUAAGAUCGGUAUAAAAUUAUUGAGAGAAUUAUUUCAUUUUUUGUUAAUUAGCUCAUGAAUCAUUAAAAUUUGGUUGAGAAUCGGACUUAAGUAACAGGAAAUUAAUUUCUUGGCCUUUUCCUUCAACACUGCAGAUGUUUUUAUAUUCUAUGUAGUGUCUGUAUAUUAGCUACAAGUUUAUAAAAGUAGAGAUUAUAGGUCACCUUACUAGCUCAGGCUAGUAGAAACUUUCCUUUGUCUAGUGGUAGGAUGUUGCGUUGAAAGCAAAACGGUCGCUAGUUCGAGCACCAGCACGGACAGGGUAUUUUUUUCAUUACUCCUUCCUAUUAGAUUUGGUGGCAUUAUAGGAGAUUGAGAUGUUUCAUCGGAGCUAAAUAACCUGGGUUGUGGUUGUCUUUGGGGGCAGAUAUUGUGUGAAGGAGGGAGUAGUGUAAAAAUAGAGAGUAUAGGUCCCUUUGAUAGCUCAGACUAGCGUGGAUUUCACUUUAACCUAGUUGUAGGAUGUUUGCCUUGAGAGUGAGCUGAGGUCAUUAGUCCGAGCCCCAACACGGGCAGGGUAUUUUACUCCUUCCUAUUACACACAGUACCGGUAUGUUGUUACAACUUCAGGCCAUUAUAAAAUGUACUCAGGAGAAGUUACAUCAUGUGUUGAAUCUUGAUAUAACUGUAUAACAGUUGUAUGUAUUGUCGAAUUGUGGACUUAAAUGAUUAGGUAUACAUUGUAAUAUACAACUGUAUGUUUUUUCCUUAAAUUGACUAAACCCUUAGAAACUUUACAAUAAAUUAAAUGCUUUGUGCUUCAUAUUUGUCUACUGUGUAGACAUACAGUUGUCUUAGAAAACAAUACUUUAAAUGCUUUGUACUGUAUAUUUGUCUACUGUGUAGACAUACGGUUGUCUUAGAAAACAAUACCUUAAAUGCUUUGUACUGUAUAUUUGUCUACUGUGUAGACAAACAGUUGUCUUUAUAUUAACCUAGUUAUUAUCAGCCAUUUUCGGACAGGGUGACGUGUUAGAAAACUUUCAAUGGAAUUGACCACCACAGUAAUUGGCUUGGUGGAGGGGAGAUAACUCAAGCCAGAAACUUCCUUUUGAGAUUUGAAUUGCCGGUUUCGAUCUAUUAUAGUAUGUAUUUGUCUGUGCUUCAAUAAGAUAACGAGAAUUUCAAUCAAAAGAACUGGGAGUGGUUUGUCCUAUCUGCUUCAAGUAAUUAGGAACUUUUCAGCGGGGAAAUAUGUGGCAAAAUUCAGAAAGAAAAUGACUUCUGACUUGAAAUAAUAGUUAAAACAAGUUAGAACUGUUAUGUGUAUUGUAUGAAGACAAAGUAAAAUUGAUUGAAUCAUGAUUCCGAAAGUCAGAUGUGAGGGUGAUAAUCUCGCUCCAAAGAAACUCUUUUGUGUAACUUUCUCAAUGCUUUCCUGUGAACAAAUUCUUUGUGAUAAUCAAUAUUUCCCCACACUUUUUUUCUAUACAAAACAGGUAUUUUUUUAAACUUACGCAACACCUGUCACUUUUUUGUCUAUUAAAUAUCUAUGGCAAUAAAAUGGUUGUAAGUCUGUUCUGUCAUCCUGUCUUGCUAGUUUCGUGUAAAUAUGUUGUUAAGAUUCUAUUUAGACUAGAUCCAUUGUGACUGCUAUACAUAUCAAAGGAAAAACAGUUUAACGUUUGAAUUUCUAUGAUGGACUGUGUUGUUUUGUUUGGACAGAAAAUAUGGCUGAAUGCAAAUUUCUUCAUAUAUUAAUUUUCUUUAGAAAGUUCAGAUGGAAUAUUUUAUAUAUUAUUAUCAUAUCCUAGACAUGUCCAUUGAUUAACAUUAGUAAUUAUUUUUUAUGUUGAUUACACCUUAAUGCAUGCGUAUAUAUGGACAUGUUCGACAUUGAUUUCAGUAAUGAAGUUGUUGGAUGGGUUUGAAUGUAGUUCUGUUUCUUCACAACUUAAGCUGUGCCAUCUCAUUGAUCAAUUUCUUGGUAGGACUUGUAUUCAUUUUCUUUCUACAAUUCGCAAUCCCUUUUGGAUGUAUAAAAAUGUAUUCUUUGGGGAAAGAAUUCAUUGACUAUAUCAACGUCUGGGGUAAUAAUGACAGGGCAUGAAUUGGUUGGAGAGAGGAAAUGUUCCUGUGGCACCUAUCAGAAUGGGGAAGGUAAAUUUUAUCCCUGUGGCACCUAUCGGAAGGGGAGGGGAAAUUAUCCAUGUGGCACCUAUCAGAAUGGGGAAGGUAAAUUAUCCCUGUGGCACCUAUCGGAAGGAGAGGGGAAAUUAUCCUUGUGGCACCUAUCGGAAGGGGAGGGGAAAUUAUCCCUGUGGCACCUAUCAGAAGGGGAGGGAAAAUUAUCCUGUGGCACCUUUUGGUAGGGGAUUGUAACUUACUCAAUGUCACAUUUUGGUUUGGAGGGAAAACUAUAGGAGUAAAUGUACAUAUUUUUUUUUUUUGUAAAAAAGGGGAUUAUAAACCUUUCAGCUUCAAUAUUGGGAUAUACUGUAUGUACAUCAUAUAAGUUGUAUUUGAUUCAUGAAAUUGUUUUAUUUUUGUAUUGUAGUACCUGUCAUGUGACAUAUCACAUGAUCACCACUGGUUGUGAUAUUUUAAAGGUGUCAUAUAACAUAUGGUUACUACCAUAGAAACAGAGUAUAUCUCUGGGGACUAUUUUUUCAAUUUGAUUCUAGUAUAAAUGAAUAGGAUUUGACUUAAGGAAAAUGUUGUGAGUCAAUACAUUAAUCCAAGAUGUUGAUAUUAACUUAAAUGAGUGUGUGCAUGUCUAUCAAUGCUAUUUAUGUAGGAAUUACCUGUUAAAGGUAUUAGUUAUUUAUGUGGUGUGAGUCGUGUGUCAGUCCAAAGUGAUCGAGUGAUGAUUGUAAUGUGUCAUAUCUGUAAUUAUUGGUAUCAAAUUACAUUGUUGAAAGUUCUACCAAAGAGCAGAUAAUGAUAGAAAUGUUAAAUCAAAUCUUUGUCCAUUUAUUGGAAAGAUUUCAAAGUAUCGAAUAUGAACUUAUCAAUUUACUCAUGAAUACUUGUUUGAAGAUCUCGUCCUUGUUUAUCUGUCAAUCUUCCUGUGUUAGAUCUAUUCUGUUCUGGCUUUAAGAUAUAUGUCAUUCUCAAAUUAUGAAGUAUAUUGUUUUGGAAAUUCAUCAUUGAAAUUUUCAAAAACUGUGAAUUUGCUAAUUGCUACAUAUGUAAUCAAGAAAUUGAAAUUACCUUGUACUUACUGCCCCCUUAAUCUGUGAUAUCAAUAUCAAUAUCACCAAGGAUAAUGCUACAAUUUCCGAGUUUUGAGAUUUUCAAGGGAGGCAAUCUUGCCAUCUCCAUAUGAGCUAUACAUUGUUUGUGUUAGAUUUCAAGAAAAGAGACAUGUACAAUUGUAUGUGUAGAAUUUAUGAAUUUGAUAUUUCUCCUUAUUUUAUUAGUUUGCCAAUGACCCUGCCUUACAGGUGUGGACAGUGUAAUCAUUUCAUUCUUCUCCCCUUAUGAAUCUUUUCAGACUUUUUAUCCACUUUAACUUGGCAUUAAGCUAUUAUUGAGGCAAAGGUAGUAUGUAUAUAUGUCAAAGUCAAGAUACCUGUUGCACAUGCCCAGUGUCAAUGCGACGUGGACAAAUAACGAAUUAUAUCAACUUUGCUUAGUGUACGAAACUACAUAGAAAUGCUGUCUCUCUCUCUCUCUCUAUAUAUAUAUACUGAGUAGAUCAACAGGUUACAUUAAGUAGAUCCUGUAAUAGAUUUAGUUGAUAGUCUAGCAACUGUUACACCUGUUGAAUUUGGUUAAAAAAUACUCAUUGAUCUACAUUAUGUUACCUAAGGCCAGUGUUUAUAUUAAAACACAAAUCAUCUUUAUGUUGGGGACCAAUACCUUGUACAAGUUCCCAUCAAAUACAUCAUUUGUUUAUUUUUGUCGUUGAAUAGUGUGUAGCAAUAUAUAGUUACAUUAAUGUGGGAAAGACUGCCCGACUUGUACCCCCUUUUCACCCCAAGAUUGAUUAUCCAAUAUCUUGUUUUUUCUAUCGUACAGAAAAAAAUUCUCACCAAAGAUUUAAGUGUAAGCAGUUUAAAGUUUUUAAAUAUUAACUUCCCUGUUAUUCAAAUAAUUAUCGUUUAAAAUGUUUUCAAAUCAAUAAUGGUGAAAGUGCGAAACACUGCUCGAAAUUAUUUCACUAAAAUGUUAAGUUUUAGAAUUAUAAAAUGAAAUUUUUAAAUGUUUAAAUAUGCCAGAUAUUGUUAUAUAUUGUGUACCAAGUAAAUUAUGAAGUAAUCUGCCAGUUUGGUUGAUUAGGACAAGACUCGGUAUUUAGAUGAGGCUGCCUCUUUCUGUAUAUAUUUGGUAAUUUUAUAGACAGCUUACCAUUUUAAGUUGUUCAUUUUAUGUUGAAAAUGCAUGCCAAAAAUUGUUUUACCUUUUAUAUUAUGUACAAGUAAAAACAAAAUAAAAACAAAAUAAAAACAAUGAAAUGACGUAAUGUAAAUUGUUAUUUAUUUCUAGCCCAUCAUCAGAUGGCGGCAGUUCAAAUCUCUCUUCUUCUGUAGUCCAUAACUGUGAGGGAUCUUGGCGCCGACUAUUGAAGGAUCCAUAUCAGUCAAAUGAAAGACUGAUCUUUUCUCUUCUUUUCACUUCUUUCACUCUUGCUUCAAAACAUUUAAUAACUUUAUAUAACACGAUAUAGCAGGAGCAACCUGCAAUUGGCAAAAUCCAAGAUGGCCACCUGUCGGCCAUGUUGUUUUCCGAUCAGUCCCAAAAUGCAUUGUGCAAAUCUAGGUACCAAGGGGAACCUGAGAAAGACCCCUUUAGUUCUUUUUGAAAUAGUAAUAACAAACUUCAAUUGUCAAAAUCAAAGAUGGAUGCCUGUCGACCAUGUUGUUUUCCGAAGUCAUAAAAUGCAAUAUGCAAAAUUAAGGACCAAGGGGAACUUGCAUAUGAAAUUUGAGAAAGAUCCCUGCAGCAUUUUCUGAGAAAUAGCGGUAACAAGAAUUGUUUACAGAGGGAGGGACCACGGACGCAGGACAACUUGAAUAGCCCACCAUCCGAUGAUAGUGCAUAAGCGAUAUUUCUUGAAAAACACCUGUGUGUGAGAGAGAGAAAGAGAGUAUGUGUGUGGUGUGGUGCGUGUUAAACAAAUGAAGAAGAAACACUAUUUUUGAUUUUUUUUUUAUUAUUUCUGCUUGAAAGGAGAAAGGUGGAAGAUUACUGUAACAAAAUUUAGUGUUUUCUUCAAAUGAAUAACUUCAAUAAAUAUAAAUUAUUGAAAUGAAGACUUUUUAUAAUUAUUUACAUUUCAUUAAACUUAAUAACAAAAGUUCCACCAAUAAUUUUCCUAAAAAAGGAAUAUCACUACUACUCUCAUAAAUCUGAAAACAUUUAAAACCAGAAAAAGAACCCAACAAACUUUUAUAUACAGCACUUGUGUGUAUAAAUGGACAUAUAUUUUUCUAAUGACGGACAUGCAUUUACUACAGAUCUUCAAUGAGUAUUGGGCAAACAUUGAACCUUUGUAUUGGUUUUCAAUAACAAGAUGAACAAGUUCAACAGAUGAUGUGUCAAAAGUAUGAAAAGGCAUUUCGUUGUGAAAUGGUACUAAGACUUGGAUCAUGGUAUUAUAGACACUAGAACAAUUAUUCUAACAAAUAAUGUGUCAUAACCAUGUGUUUUAAGAAUGCAGUCAAAAGUUUUCAUUAAAAAGAAUUGACAUCUUAUUGGUCCUGUACAGAAGAAUUGGACAAUUCUCAUUCAACUAUCCUAUGUACUGAAAUAACGUGGAGAAAAAGUAGGUGAUACUGGUCGUUAUAAUGUGGUCCUUGUUCUAGAGGCUGAUUAUGACAGAUGGACGUGUGAACAGCAGUAAUGUGGUACCCACAUGCCUUAAUGUACAAACUUAUAGGAUGUUCACUGAAACUAGUAACAUGUAGAUUGAACAGAAUAUAUUCCAUAUCUAGUUCCUAUAUGGUAAAAUAUUAUGUACCAAAGAACAGUGUAGAACACAAUAGUUUUAUCAGACCGAGAUGAAAACAAGUUCUUGAAAAAAUACUUUGAGAUGAGUAUUCAUGAAUCCAAUGCACCCAGCCUUUUAUGCAUAAACCAAGGCAGAAAACAUGAACAUGAAUCAUUUCCAUAUAAAACAUCUGUUGAGCUCUCCGCUAAAUGCGCUAUUUUUGAUUAAAUAUUCAUGCUGGUGUCAUGAAAUAUUUGAUAUAUUGAAUGUAUGAUAUUUGUUCUUAAAUGCGAUUAGCCCUGUUAUCUUUAUCGUGCUUAAUGGUGUUUGCGUGGAAUGAAUAAUACCAACGGACUUGUACAACCUAAACCACCUGUAAUAUUGUAUACAGUUGGAAUGUUAUUUAUCUAAUAUAUCUCAAUAAAAUCAUUUAACCAGUAACUUUUAUUAGAAACACAAAUUUUGAUACACAACACAAUGUGAAGACGCCAUGAGAACACCUACACUAAAAAACAUUUAAAUUGUACAUAAUUUAAAUUCUGUCAUUUCUUUCCAGUAAUUCACUUGUGACAAUAUCUUUGAUCAACACAAUGUCAUAAAAAAAUUCCUGUACUUAAUGUCAUGUUUAUUUUCAAAUACUGUACCAUGAAAAAAAAACUAAAUAAAAUCCUUAUGAAAUUUUCUGAUAAGACACACUUCCUAAAUACUGGUACAUGUAUAUGAAAUGUGUUUUGAUUAACACCAAUCACAAUUUAACCACUGGAAAUAGUAGCAAAACUUUAUACCAGCAUAUCAUCUGGGUAAUUUUAAAGGCAAAUUUUACAUAGAUAUGCAAGUUCAGUAUAUAUAUGUAAUUUUACUCUGUGUAUAUGUAAGGUACAUAUCUGACUAUAAAUACCUGGUACAUGGUCAUGAUGUGUAAUAAACACAUUAAUGAAACAAACAUAUUGGGUACAACUGUUAAAUAUACAUUCCCAUUCAGUAUAAAUAGCCAGUAACGUACAGUGAUACACAGUCUAUAUACACAUUGAUGUAAUACAUUGUCUACAUACCCAGUAAUGUAAUACAUUGUCUACAUACCCAGUAAUGUAAUACAUUGUCUACAUACCAAGUAAUGUAAUACAUUGUCUACAUACCCAGUAAUGUGAUACAUUGUCUACAUACCCAGUAAUGUAAUACAUUGUCUACAUACCCAGUAAUGUGAUACAUUGUCUACAUACCCAGUAAUGUAAUACAUUGUUAACACACCAUGUAAUGUAAUACAUUGUCAACACAUUAAGCAAUAUAUUAUGUGUGACAGUUGUUUUGCUAAAAUUCUUUAAAACCAACUUUGACUUUGAUAUUUCCCUCAGGUAGAUAAUAUACAUGUACAAUCUGUACAAAUGACCACUGAGUCGAGCAUAAUGUGUUUCCCCUAAUAUGAAAUAUAGCCACACAUUAUGUGUCUCCCCGAUAUGUAUUUACUGACAUUGUAGUCUACUUAACAACUGUCACCAUCACAUACAUUACUAUCAGACCCAGCACUUGUAUCACCAUCACAUAUUCACAUUAAAGCUGGCUCACUGAUUACAUACCGACUCGACCACAAGUCACCAUACGGACAAUGGCUGCCACAUACUUGCAACAUACUUUAUGGUUUACCCUGUGAAACACCAACUUUGUA